AUGGCGACGGCUCUGGCGAUGCUGCGGGACUGGUGCGGCUGGGUGGGCGUGAACGCGCAGCACUGUCUGCUCAUCCUGGGCAUCCCAGACGACUGCGAGGACCAGGAAUUCCGGGAGGCCGUGCAGGCUGCCCUGUGCUCCCUGGGCAGGUACCGAGUGCUGGGCAAAGUCUUCAGGAAGGACUUGGGGCCCAAGGUUGCCCUGGUCGAGUUUGCUGAGGAUUUGAACCGAAGCUUGAUCCCCAGACACAUACCAGGCAAGGGGGGGCCCUGGACUGUGGUCUGCCUGCCCCAGGUCCAUGAUACUGACUCACAGGAUCGACCCAAUUUCCCUGCACAGCCCCAGAGACAAGCAGUGGUUGGCAGGGCGGUAGAGGUGGGGGCCGCUGGGGAGGAGGGAGCCUCAGGUGAGGCGGGAGCUGGAGGUGAGGCAGGAACUGCAGGUGAGGCAGGAGCUGCAGGUAUGGAAGGAGCCACAGAUGAGGAAGGGGCUGCAGGGGAGGAGGGAGCCUCAGGUGAGGCAGGAGCUGCAGAUGAGGAAGGGGCUGCAGGUGAGGCAGGAGCUGCAGAUGAGGAAGGGGCUGCAGGGGAGGAGGGAGCCGCAGGUGAGGCAGGAGCUGCAAAUGAGGAAGGGGCUGCAGGUGAGGCAGGAACUGCAGAUGAGGAAGGGGCUGCAGGUGAGGAAGGAGCCGCAGGAGAGGCAGGAGCUGCAGAUGAGGAAGGGGCUGCAGGUGAGGCAGGAGCUGCAGAUGAGGAAGGGGCUGCAGGGGAGGAGGGAGCCGCAGAUGAGGCAGGAGCUGAAGAUGAGGAAUUGGCUGCAGGUGAGGAGGGAGCCUCAGGUGAGGAGGGAGCCGCAGGGGAGGCAGGAGCCGCAGAUGAGGAAGGGGCUGCAGGGGAGGCAGGAGCCGCAGAUGAGGAAGGGGCUGCAGGGGAGGCAGGAGCUGCAGAUGAGGAAGGGGCUGCAGGUGAGGCAGGAGCUGCAGAUGAGGAAGGGGCUGCAGGGGAGGAGGGAGCCGCAGGGGAGGCAGGAGCUGCAGAUGAGGAAGGGGCUGCAGGUGAGCCAGGAGCCUCAGGUGAGGCCGGAGCUGCAGAUGAGGAAGGGGCUGCAGGGGAGGCAGGAGCCGCAGAUGAGGAAGGGGCUGCAGGUGAGCCAGGAGCCGCAGAUGAGGAAGGGGCUGCAGGGGAGGCAGGAGCCGCAGAUGAGGAAGGGGCUGCAGGUGAGGCAGGAGCCGCGGAUGAGGCGGGAGCCGCAGGUAUGGAGGGAGCUGCAGGUGAGGUGGGAGCCGCAGGCGAGGCAGGGGCUGCAGAUGGAAUGUCAGACGAGGAGGGAGCUGCAGGUGACACGGGAGUUGCAGGGGUGACAGGAUCUCUGAGUCGGGCAGGGGCUGCAGGCGAGGUGGGGGCUCCAGGUGAGGAAGCCGCUGCGGCUGUGGCAGGCAUCCUGGAUGAGGCAGGGGCCUGGACCCAGCCGUGGAGGCUGGCCUUGCAGUCCGUGCUAGAGAACAUGGGCUACCAGGAGCUGAGAACCUUCUCCGGGAUGGAAGAGCCGGGCCACGGGGAAGAGUCCUUCGAGAGCUGGCUGGACAACGCCAAUGACAUGCUGUACCUGUGGCGCCACGUGUCCGAGAGGGAGAGGAGGCGGAGGCUGCUGGAGAGCUUGGGCGGCCCCGCGCUGGACCUCCUGUGCGGCCUCCUGGAGGAAGAUCCCGACCUGGCUGCCCAGGACUGCCUGGCCGCGCUGGUGCAUGCGUUUGGGAACCAGGGCACCCCGGGGACCGCUCGGCUGAAGUUCGAGACGUGUGCCCAGCGGCCCCAGGAGACCCUCUCUGCGUACGUGAUGCGCCUGGAGGGCCUGCUGCAGGCAGCCCUGGAGAAGGGGGCCAUCCACCCGGCCAUGGCGGACCGGGCGCGCACCCGGCAGGUGCUGAUGCGGGCCCGGCUGAACCGCACGCUCCAGCACAAGCUGAGGAGGCUGCGGCUGGAGAGGAGGCCUCCUGGCUUCGUGGGGAUGCUGUGGCUCAUCCGGGAGACCGAGGCCUGGGAGGCCGGCCCAGCUGCGGGUGAGCAGUUCCCGGGGGAAGGAGAGGCCCGGGCAGAGGUUGGAGACCUGGCAGCCGUCCCAGCCGCCCCGGCCCAUGAAUGGGGUGCCCCGGCCGCCCUGGCCCACGAGGUCAUCACCGAGGGCACCACUGCAGAUGGAACCGAGGCCUCCCCGGCCGGUGCAGAGACCGCGGCCCAGGCUGCCCUUUCCGAGGAAGGUAGCCCCGAGGCCCCCGCAGCCCGUGAAGAGACCAGUGAGGAAGCUGAUGGCAGCGCCGGGGCUGGUGAGGCUGCCCCUGAAGAUCGUGGUGCCACCAGGGCAGCCCCUGCCCCUGGGGAGACCAGCAAGGUCUCUGCUGCCAGUCAGGAAGAUGGAUGUGCCCCCAGCCCUGCGGGCCUAGGUCAGGCAGGACCCUCAGAUGACCCCGGGGCCCCCAUGCCUGCCCAGAUGGGCAGGGCUUCCCCAGUGCCCUCAGGAGGUCCUGGCUGGGAGCCAGAGGGCCUCACCCAGGCAGGAGACCGGGAGGCUGAGGAGCCCCCCGGGGAGGGCUUCAAGCCCACCCCAGAGGAGCUAGGAAGCGAGGACGGGGCUGCAGAGAGGAGCACCCCUGAGUCCUCCUCGGGCCAGUAA